GUGAUAUCAAGACCUUCAAAUUUCGAAGCAUCGCCUCUGAAUAUUCAUGCAUCAUGACUGCCGAUUAUUCCGGCAAGGAUGCUCCGAGGCAGCAGUCGCGAUGCGCGAAUAUUCGAAAAUGAUGCAAUGCCUGAUUCGCAAUUUCCGAUAUCACUAUGCCUAGGGAACGGGACAAUUUUUCUGUCCGCGACUGUACGUGCCAUGCGGGAAUAUGGCGAUUGUACUUAAAUUUGACGUUGCCGGACGAAUGUUCGAUUCACGGCCGAUUUGAAAAAGGACCCGAGUUAUCAGGACCGUUUCUUCUGUAUCGAAUGCGCCGUCGUUGGCUGCUACGCCGAGAUAGCGUGUGAUUUUCAUCGCGAGCAAUCGAGACGGAAAUGUUCGGCACGGGACGGAAUUGCUUCAGACGAAUGGCGAGGGGCGUCAAAAGUUUACAUUUACAAAAAUCCAAGGUUCAGCAGACCAAAACCAAAACUAUACCAAUCUUUCAAUAUCCGAUUAGCCAAGAGGGUGAAUACAGAGUAUACGUGUGGGGCCUUGCUCACCAUGGCGCUCUCGGGGAGAGUUUGGUGUUAAGCGAGAAGAAAAUUUCAGCUACCAAGAGACCAAACAGAUUGUCCUUUGCAGAAAAGCAUAAAGUGGUAAAUAUCGCCUGUGGAUACGGUUUCACAGCUUAUGCUGUACUAUCCUCGGACAAAAACAUUGUUUAUGGCACCGGCGUAAACACAGAUUCGCAACUUGGUUUCCAUAAAAUGGAUCACAAACAGAAAAUUCCUGAAAACAUAGUGUUUCUCCCAAGGCCGAUAAAUUUGCCACUUCAGGACAACAAGACGAAAGUUUUAGACAUGGCUGCAGGUAGAGCACAUUUGUUGAUACUGACUACAGAAGGUUUGUUCACGCUGGGUAAUAAUGCGUAUGGCCAAUGUGGUAGACCAAUUAUAAAGAACGAAAAGUAUGAGAAAAGUAUGAUUGUUCAUCAUAUACCUAACAUUAAGGGACACAAGAUUACUGCAGUAACGGCUGGUCAAGAUCACAGCAUGCUCUUGACAGAAGCAGGUGAGGUUUAUACAUUUGGAUGGGGUGCCGAUGGACAAACAGGCCUGGCACAUUAUCGAAAUGAACAUCAACCAAGUUUGGUUAAAGGUGAUCUGGCAGGGCAGCGCAUAAUAAAAGUUGCCUGUGUUGCUGACUGUGUAUUAGCUCUUAGUGACAGAGGAAAAGUUUUCGGCUGGGGUAACUCAGAAUAUGGACAGUUACCAAUUAAAAGCGAGAAUUUCCAGAUAAAUAUUGCCACGGAAUUAGAUGGGUUUCAAGAUUUAGGACAUAUUGUAGAUAUUGCAGCAGGCGGAUGUUUCUGCAUGGUCUUAAAUGAUGCUGGCAAUGUCUAUGUAUGGGGAUAUGGUAUACUAGGACUUGGACCUGAAGUAGAGAAAAAAUCGAAACCAACACAGAUCCCAUCUACAUUGUUUGGCAAAAAUAUAUAUAAUCGUGAUGUCAAGGUGACAAAAAUAAAUUGUGGGACUAGUCAACUAGCAGCAUUGACUAACUCGGGGGACUUAUUUAUGUGGGGUGUUAAUAAAUAUGGAUGUUUGGGAUUAGGACACGAUAAAGAUCAAUUUUUUCCUUUAAAGGUUUCAGUAGGUGCUCAAGUAAAAAAAGUUGCUUGUGGAAUAGAUCAUACAGUGGCUCUGUGUAAACCUUUUAUUUAAAGAGACACAAUAACCUUAUAUAUAUAAUAUUAAUCACUAAUAUUAUAUGUAUAUUAAAUGCUGAUUUAUGUACGAUUGCGAGUUUACCUAAUACUUCCCUGUUUUAAUAGUUUUAACUUUGUAUAUAAAACUAAUGUGUAUGACGCUAUAUUACUUUUUUGUAAAAAUGCAAUAUAUGUGUUAAACAUA